AUGGGCGGCACAGGAGGGCUAUCGGAACCCUCCGAGUGCCUCCGCGUGCCGGGGCCGCUGCCCAGCGCCGCUCUCCUCCCGCAGGACGCCGGUUCGCUGGACGCGGCGGUGCAGGGCGCCCUGCGCGCGCUCUACCCGCCCUUCGAGGCCACGGCGCCCACGCUGCUGGGCCAGGUGUUCCGCCUCCUCGAGAGCCGCUACGGCGGGGACGGGCUCCGCUGCCUGCUCGACUUCCUCAUCCCGGCCAAGCGCCUCUUCGAGCGCGUGCGCCAGGCGGCCUGUGGCCCGUUUCUCGGGGCAGCACCUGGGGGCGGCUGCGCUGCAGACCGAGGCAUCAGCUACCUCGAGGGGUCCUGGAGGAAGAUGUCGGCCAUUUACUCGCCCAGGAUGAGCCGAGCUAAAGCCAACGGUAAAGGUCCGGCCCCAAUGGCCAAUGCCACUACGGAGGACAGGUCGCCACCGAGCACCCAGGGUGAUGCUGAGCCCCAGCAAGCUGAGUGCGGUGCCCUGCAGCCACCGGCCUGGCAGGACCUGCACACCGGGCUCCUGCUCUCCGGCAUCGUGUGUCUGCCAGGGAGCACCGACAAGCUGGGCCGGGCGCUCAUCCAGGUGGAGACGUUGCCAUCGCUGAGGGCUCUGUGCCGCUAUGUUGACAGCUCCCAAGUGACACGUGAGCUGGAUGGCUCCUUCCCCUACUGCCACGGCGAGUGGGUGCAGUUCUUCCAGUGCCGCACACUCCGGGCAAUGCUGCCCAUGUCCCGCACGGUGCCGCACACGCCAGUACCGCACAGCACCGACACUGACUGCACUCCCGGCAGGAGCAGCCUGGAGGCGGCCGAGGGGCUCUACGAGCAGCUGGAGGAGGAGAGGCACGAGCUGGUGUCCACGUCCAACAGCUGCCUGCAGCGCCUGGAGAUCCUGCGCAAGGCCGGGGAGCUGGAGGCCGAGCUCCGUGAGCUCGGGCGCUGGCUGGACGGCGAAGCAGCGGCUCAGCUGGAGGAGCUGGGUGCCCGGUGCAGCCCUGAUGGCUCUGGAGAGCCCUCCAAGUGCGCUGAGGAGCUCCUCGUUCAGGCAACGGUCACAGGACUUGGCGCAGAGAAAAGGGAGAGCCCGGCUGGGAGCGUGGAGGAUCCGCAGGGCCCGCGUGGCACCUUCCAGACGCUCCCGCUGGACGUCUCCCUGUCGCAGCUGCAGGAGAUGGUGGCCCAGGGUGCCCCCGUGGCCAAGAAGGCCAGUGGUGCCCUGGGGCGCAUCGGGAAGUGUUACCAGCAGGUCGAGGGGGUGACAAGAGGGAUGACAAGAGGGCCCUGCCCUGCAGAGAGCUCGGGCACCAAGUGCCACUUCUCCGUGAGCGACUGCCCCGAGGAGUCGAGCUGGAGCGCGGUGGUGCAGGAGCAGGACGGCGCCUCGCUCUCGCUCUCGCUCUGCUCGCCGCCCUCCGCCCGCCUCGGCCGCUACAGCCUCACGCUCGAGGCUGCCACCGACUACCCGGGCUCCAGCUUCAGCCUGGGCGAAUUCGUGCUGCUCUUCAACCCCUGGCACCCAGAGGACACGGUCUUCCUCCGGGAUGAGGACGAGCGCAGCGAGUACGUGCUGUCACAGCAGGGCCUCAUCUACCAGGGUUCCCGGGACUACAUCACUGCCAUCCCCUGGAACUUCGGCCAGGUGACACGCUCCGACAAGGAGAGGGAAGUGUUUGCGAAAGCCGAGCUGGAGAAGAGCUCCAUGCAGGAGCAGGACGAGGGGCUGCACCUCCGGAUUAAGCUCACCGAGGGCGCCAACAACGGCUGCGACUUCGACGUGCUGGCCGUCAUCAACAACAACACGGACGCGGAGCGCGUCUGCAGGCUCAUGAUCUGUGCCCGCACCGCCAGCUACAACGUCCAUCCCUUGCUGGGUGCCUCCCUGUGCCCCUGCCUGUCCCGGGGGUUGUGCACGGGGCAGCGACACGAGGGCCGGCCCGUCCGCGCAUCCCGGGAUACCCCCGAGACCGGAGCGAGGAGGCACCCGGAGCCUCCGGCUGCUGCUGCCUCCGCUCCUCGGGGCUGGGAGCUCCGGUCGGCGGAGCCUCCUCCUGCAGCCGGGCGGAGAGCAGGAAAUUCCUUCAACUCCACCGCAAAAAGAUCCUCAAAGUGA